UAGCUGUUGAUGAGCCUUUUGUGUUUUGUGUUUCAGAAAGUGCGCACAGAUGGAACUUAUGAUUUCCCUCUGACGGAGGCCAAGAGCGCCAUCAACCGACCUCUGAACCGCUACAGAGAUGUGCUGCCUUACGACCACUCACGCAUUAUUCUCGAGCAUCCCACCACCAACUACAUCAAUGCCUCACUCCUUAAGGUUGAGAGUGUGCAGCGGCAAUACAUCCUGACACAAGGCCCGCUGUCAACGACCAGCCAGCACUUCUGGCUGAUGGUAUGGCAGCAGCAGACCAAAGGCAUCAUCAUGCUCAACAAAACUAUUGAGAAAAACAUGAUCAAAUGCGACCAAUACUGGCCGCUGGGCUCCAGCAACGGCGGCCAGGACUCUAUGACCUUCCCGGGAGUGGGGCUACAGGUCGACCUCGUCUCUGAAGCCAAGCACCACCACUACACCUACCGCGUGCUCAGACUGACGGAGACAAGCAGCGGCAACAGCCGCGAGGUCCUCCACUUCCACUACACGACGUGGCCAGACUUCGGUGUGCCGCAGUCACCUGAAGCCUUCAACAAAUUCUUGAACGUGGUCAUCAAGAGCGGCUCCCUGGACGCCAGCGUUGGCCCUGCCAUCGUGCAUUGCUCCGCUGGUAUUGGUCGCUCCGGCACCUUCUGCCUCGUGGAUACACUGCUACUCAUGCUGGACCAGGGUGUGUGCGGCAGUAACGUUGGCACGGUGCUGGAGGUGCUGCUGGACAUGCGCAGGUAUCGCAUGGGUCUCAUCCAGACGCCCGACCAGCUGCGCUUCUCAUACCAGGCCAUCGUGCAGGGCGCCCGUCAGCGCCUGCGUCAGCAGCAACGUGCUACCAACGGCAGCCUCGGCAACGGUGUGAACCCUGCAGACGACGGCAGCAGCAGCGAUGAGGCAGAGGAGGCCGCCGAAGACGCGCCUCCCCCACGCCCGCCGCCUCGCACCGACUCCCUCACGCGCUCCGUCACCGAGGCGCAGAUCUGGGAGAAACUGCAGGGUGAUGAUAAUGAUGAUGUUACUGGUCCAUCUCUGAACAACAAUCAUCAUCAUGAUGGUGAGGACGAUGAUGAUGAUGAGGAGGAAGAGGAAGAGCCUCUUGUCGUGCACCGCAACAACACCACUAACACAAGCCUGGGUGACGCUGACCUCCCCGACCUGCCGUCGUCCCCAGAACAUCCCCCGACCCCGCCUCCUCCUCCUCGCCCUCCUCCGGCCAGGGUCACGUCACCGAGUGAUGGCGACGAGGCGCCCUCGUCUCCUGAGGAACUUGCCACUAAAAUGGCGUGCGAGGUGCGACGAAGACAGACACGGCAGGAGCGCAACGCGUCGCUGAGGUCGAAAAUUACGGCAAUUCAAGAGAAGAGUCGCGUCACGGAGGCCUGGGAGUACCGUAAGAGGUGGAUACUGCGGCCGCUUCUUAUGGGGGUGUUCGCUGUGGGCGUCGCGGGGGGCGUUUGGUUCUUCAGGAGCUGGUGGAGCUAUUAAGGCUCGAGGGGGAAUAGGGGUCUAUUUGGAGUCGAGAGUGGGGAGUGAGGUUGCUAGCAUCGCUUCGGGGUUUGGAUGUUCGGCGGCUGGUAGGGAUAUAAAUUCGUCUGGGGUAACUGGGGAUCAAUAUUUAAUCAUUUUGCAGUAAUUCAGUUAUUAAAGGCUAACUAAUAUAAUGAAUUUAAAUAUUUUUUGGUUGACCCAACCAAGUUGUUUACAAGGAAGAGGUCGAACCCAAAAUGAUAAUGAUAUAUAUUAACAUGUGUCAAAAUUUUAUUCUGCCAGCAAUUUUUUACCGUGGGAAGAAAUUAAGUUAAAUUUCUUGAACGAGCCUCGAAUUUCCGUAAAUUGUGUCAAGACUAUGGAGAUAUGAAAUUUUGUAGGAGUGUUCCAGAUAUUCGGGACAUUGAGUAGUACAGAAAAUUCAAAAUUAUAUUCCAUGCGACGCUUGUUCUGUUGCAGAUUUGUUCCCGUUUCAAUUUUUAUUUUUUAUUUAUCUUUUGUUCAUGGAAGUGCACAUGUUUUUUCCUCUUCCCUCGCGUUAUUCAUUCGAGCAAGCCUUGCAUUUGCCCAACAAUUCAUUCAAUUGUGAUUCGCAGCACGAAACGUUCGUGACAUUCUAUAAACUGUCCUUCACAUUCUAUCCUAUUUUUUGUCUGAAAGCUAACAGCUAAAUAUGCCUUGACAUGAAAAUUACACCAAACAUUUCACAGUUUUCUGUUCAUGUGGGAUUUUCCACCUUAAAUAUGUGUCUAAUUUAUUAUCGGCUUGUUUGUGUCGAAAUUAUUUUUCCUCGGGGUUGUGGUGAAAGUGUCACGAGUCAUUUGAAUUAAUCGUAUUUCCCAAACUUCUUUUCCAUGUUAAUUCAUUGGUUGGUAAAUUGUAAGCUGUCCCAUAUGAUACGUGCGCUGUAGUGAAAUCUUUCUGAGACUUAUUUCACACCCGCUGAACCCUAAAUAUUGCCGAGACAGGCGAAUAAAUGAAGUAAUUUUCUAAAAAAUAAUGUAAUCUGAUGUUCAUCAACUUCAAAUAUGUGUCGAAAAAUUGCGAUAACUUGAAAUGGUCCCUCUAAAAUCAUUUGCCGGUUAAGGAUUAGUAACUUUUCUAUCAUCUUUUGCCAGCUGUUUGGUCAGAAAAGUUGAGGCUACAACGAAUAUUGUUCAUGUGAUAAUAUCUAAGAGUUUGGAUGAGGUUUUCAUCACAGUUUGCCCCCGUAUGCUGGUUACCUUCCAUAACUCUAACAAACAUCUUCUUGAGACGUCGCCGCCUUCAUCUCUCAAAUCAAACGCGUUGCCUGUCAAGCCUACGUGUUGACCUAUUAGCAGUUAGUUUUGUAUGGCCAUCCCACCUGUGUAAAUAUAGUACUAUUUUAUAACUAGCAAUUAAUCGUGUAGAUGUUCGACGAAUACUAGAGUCAUUUUACCAUCUAGGUCAUUAUAAUUAUGUUGUUAGAUUUUUGUUUUGCUAUAACUUUUGUCGCUGUCUGAUUUCUAUUAUCGCGCAUAGAUUACUGCUGCUCGCAGCGUCGAUGGCUUCGUCUUGCAUAUUGUUCUCCAGGAGCCAGUUUCUCACGAGCUGAGCAACGGUCUUCGCAUUUAUUGCACUUGAUUACUAGAUAUUGUUGAUAGCGUCGACAUGCAAGGCUUCAUUGACUGUCGGUGUCUUCUUACCUGACUAUUUAAUUGCUUUAUUUAAAUUUGUGUAGUGUGGAUGGAUGUGCGAUUAUUUUUGCUUCGAGCUUUUUCCUCAGUUUCUGUUUUAUUAGCUCCUACAAAUUUUUAUAACAUUCCAAUGCUUUGUGUUACAGUUUCCCCCAGAGCAGAUUUAUUUGAUUCAUUUUGCCUUUGUUUUCGGACUGCUCAGGUUAACCCUUUUCUUCCUUUGUGAUUUCUUAAGUUUCUAUUUAACAUUAUAAGGAUGAUGCCUCGUUCAAUUUAUAUUCCAGUCACAUCUAUGCAUGUAAAAACUUAUGAUUUCAUGACAUACAUUUAAAAAAUGAUACGAUUCUUAUCCUGAUUUAGUUUCAAGCUUUAUUGUGUGUCUUUAGUUGAUAAUUUAAUCAUUGUACUGAAUUUUGAUGUGUUCUUGAGGGCCCGCUUUCGUCACUUGAUUUUUGAGGUUAGCGUCGUAACGGCUCUAGCUAUUACCUUGUGGCUGCCUCGCUCUUAGCCCAUGAACUGCCCGGACUAGAGUUGUUUCAGUUUGUUGGUACUUUCUUAAAUCGUAAUUGAUUGAUCAAUCACAACCUGCGUUACGAUCAAUGUUACUUUUUCAAAUUUCUAGUUUAUUGAUUUUAUUUCUGAUUUUGAAUGCUUUUUGACUCCCCUUGAUUCAGAUAUACCUCUGCUUGCGGUCAGUUCGGUUUUCAAAUUGCGCUCAUUGACCUCGAGCAAAUAUUGUUCCAUAUGUUAUAGGUUCCAGAUUGCUAUUCCUGCAGCAUAUAUCAUUGUUAUAAACGUCACUUGUAGCAUCUGUGUUGAAUCCACAGUAAACUUAUAUGCACUACUUGUGUUAUUAAGAGUUUACUUGCUAUGACUUCUAAGAGAAAGUUAAAUAUUCUUGAAAACAGCUUUGAGAACGAACCACGCACGUUUUAAAGGUGUAAAGAAUAUUUUUAUUUGCCUCAUGUUCGGUCAGAUACUCGGUUUUCGGCACGAAAAUGUAUUAAUUCAUCAGCCCUAGAAUUGUCAACGCACUCUCAAUAUAAAAUAAAGUAAUAUGUAAACGCUACCUUUUAAAUCAGUACGAUUAGUCUUAGAACCACAGCCAUUCCUAAGAUAGCGAAAUUACCUCAAGGCUUCAUCGGCACAUGACAUUCGGUUGCCGAUGUAGCUUGUACUUAAUUCGAAUAAGUCUAUUCUUAAGUUCCCUGUAGUGCAUUAUCGAGCACGAUGUAUGGCUACAUGCAGUGCUCAACGCGUUGUGCCCGCGUGCUGCUCCAUAGUUCAGUGCACGAAUUAUGUAUUGUAAAAGUACCAGGUUGCUUAGGUGCCUUCUGAUCCUGAAUGAUGAAAAUCAAAGCUUGUGAGAAGACGCUUACUGAGCUGCGCCACGUACAGAAGUAAACAAUGCUCGUUGCGAAGAAAGAUGAUUGAUAUUUUUAAAAAUGUGUUCUACAACUCAGUGUUCAUAUUCUACGCGCAGAAAUUUUUGAAUUUGCUCCUAGAAGUUCGUGCGUUCAGCUCAUUAAUUAUUUAUAAUUUUUCAGUAUAGCUCUUGUCGUAAUAAACUGAUUUAAAGUUGGCGCCAAUGAACAACGGUUGUUAGGCACAACCGUUGUUGAGAACAAACAAAACAUAACUUUCAUUCUUUCUGUUACAAAGAACACUCGCUUAUAAGGUUGCAAAACUUUUGGUCCAGAUAAUUUGUUCAGUAGUAAAGUGAACUAUUACUAUGUGAUAUUUCAACCAUACUUCGUUAAUCAACAACUGACAGUCGCCAAAUCCGGUUAACAUUUUGUGUCUGACUUGAGCUGGGCUCGUAGUCUGAGCAUCCCUCGGAUGUUUUUUUUUUUUCGAGACGAGGCGAAAAUUGCAAUUCUGAACCAUCCAAUUUGACUGAGCCAUGAAAACACGUUGACUUGCCUUCUUCCUAUGACUUGCUAAUAUACUGAUUUUUUCUCUUUCUAAAGAAUUCUGCUCAUUGAAAUUUCUUCUUUGACUUACUGGUUUCAAUAAACUAGACUCGCUCCUUUUAAACUACCCACGUUCAAUCGCCUUUGUACAGACAAAACCUGUAUCAUAGAGGAUGCGGUGUCAUGGCUCUUAUUUUGAAGCCUGCCAGCACGUGUAUUCCGUUCUAACUUUUGUAUAAUCAUGAAAUUCAAUGAGACUUCUUACUACA